AUGGCGACCGAUGCAUAUUUUGAUGAUAUUAAAAGUCUCAAAGCAGGACAAAUGUUAAACUGCGAAAUAAUUCAAUCGCUUGCAGAGUCUGUUCAUGAUUUAGCGUCUGUAAUUUCUCGAGUGAAAGGAAAUGAAGUAAAGAAUAACAGUAAUUUUAGUAAAAACACAGAAAAAUCUGAUGUUAAGCAGUCUCAGUAUGCAAAUUUUGCUAAUACUAAAAGUUCCUUUGUCUUGGAAGAAUUGACGGAUUCGCCUAUGAACAAUAACAAUAACAAUAACAAUGAUCGCAUUUCGCCUAUGAAAGAAAACGUUCCUGAAUCUAAUGAUAACGAUAUGUCCUACAUCAAUUUAAUAUCGCUUAUGAACAAUAACAAUAACAAUGAUCGCAUUUCGCUUAUGAAAGGGAACGUUCCUGAAUCUAAUGAUAAUGAUAUGUCCCACAUUAAUUUAAAUGAGUUAAGUACUGGCGCAAGUAAAGAUGGAAGUAUUGAUGAACAAUCCAGAUCUCCAAGAACCUAUGCUCAAGUGGCAAAAUCUCAUCCCUCUGUUAACAGGAGUAAUGGCAAACCCAGUACGGAUAAUACAGACAAUAUUAUGCAAGUCCCUGCAGCUCGGAAAAUGAAUGAACGAAUUGAUGAUAGUGAUGGGUUUAUUGGGGUUAAACGAAAGCGAAAUAGAAUUAAAAAGUUCUUCUUGUCCGGGAUUGCUGAGAAUGUUAAAGAUCAGGAUAUUCUAUGCUAUUUGGAAAAGCGAAAGGUAAUACCAACUUACUUAUUUCUAUUUAAAAGUAAACGGAAAGGUUCAAUUUCUGCUAAACUUCAUGUCCAAGCAAAUGUAUGCCCCUUGAUUGAAAACGAAACCUUCUGGCCCAAGUUUGUGAAAUGCAAACCGUGGAAACUAGCAUCUACUGAUGGUAGAAACGACAGCCCCCCAGAGGGAAUCCUUUCAACGUAUGUAUAAUGGCUCAAAUUCCCAUCAGAAUGUCUCCGCGAUGGCAAAGGAUUAGGCAGAUGAGGCGUAAUCCUCAAAAUACAAUAUCUGUAAACAUUUCGCAUGCAGUCAACCCAAACAUCGUAAUGAACAACCAAAAACAUUCAUUUAACAAAAUAAAGUUAUCUCAUCUCAACGUGCAGUCAGUUAGAAACAGAAAUCAUUUAAUUCAAGUACGAGAACUUGUCGUUGACGAGAAAAUAGAUAUCUUGGCAUUAUCAGAGACAUGGCUAAAUACGUCCACGACUAAUGCCGAGGUAAAAAUUCAGGAAUACAACAUAUACAGACUUGAUCGUAAGCACAAAAAGGGUGGCGGCGUAUGUAUUUACGUCCGUAAUGACUUCAAAACAAAAGUUUUGAAAAAUCUCUCGUAUAUUUCUCCAGUAGGUUUCCAUCAACUUUGGUUACAAGUGCAAGUGAAUAAAAACAAAUCUAUGAUUGUUUGCGUUACUUAUAGACCACCUGACUGCCCGGUUACAUGUAUACGGGAUGAACUUAAACCUAAAUUCAUUGAGGCUUUGUUACUGGGAAAAGAGAUCAUUAUUUUGGGCGAUAUGAAUUGCAAUCUCCUUAAAACAUCUUGUUAUGAGUCUAAAAUAUUAUUAGAUACUUGCUCCGAACUACACCUGACCCAACUUAUUAAAGAUUCAACGAGAAUUACAUCUCAAACAAGUUCAUUACUUGACGUUAUUAUGAUUUCGUCCUCCUCUAAAGUUAAAAGUAGCGGGGUUGUUGACAUUGGUAUUAGCGAUCAUUCUAUGAUAUACUGA